UCAGAUCGGAUCAGAUGAUCACACACCGUUUGAAAAACCGCGGGAAACAGACGACACGCACUUUCUCCUGCUUCGUUUAAUAUUUCAGCUCACAUAAGAAACACUGACUUGCCAACAUCACUCUUGAUCAUCAUCGCCAUGAAGAAGAAUAAUAGCAUUUUGAAAUACUUUGAGAAAAAGCAGCCUGGGAGUAACACUGGAGAUAGAAGGGCGUCACAAACUGCUGACAAUGCUCAGGAAAAAAAUCAUACAAGCAAGAAAAAUGGAAAGGGGCUUGGAACUAAUGGCCGUGAUCCACUAAAGGAAAGAACAAACCGUUUCUGUAAGGAGAAAGUGGAAGAAGGACAAUCAAAAAGUCAUCUGCAGCAGAGUGCUGAAGGGGAAAGCCACACUUUUAAUUUCCGCUACAAAUAUGAGAAACAUGCAGUGGCGUGUGAUACAUCCAAGACUGUGCUCGAUGCUCUUAAUACAAACAAGAUUUUCAGAAAGAUUCAAAAAGACAACAAGGAGAAAGAAAUAGUGAUCCUGAGAUGCAAAGGAGCAGUUCCUAGAGCGGCUGUCAAGACCGACUUCCCCUGCUGUCUUAUUGAAAGACAUGAGCUCUUAGACAUAUCCUUCAUUAAAAAUCGCGGAAAUGUUGCUACAAAGAAAAAAACAACUGGAAGGCUUUCAUUCUCCAAUGAAUCAAAAAGCUUAGUGAUAUUUUACAUUAAAACAAAAGGAGGGAAGAAAGUGACACGCUUAAUGAAAAACAAUGAGCUAAAGAAGAAGGUUGAAGAUGUUUGUGUGUACGCGUUCAAAGAAGACAAACUGAAUGCUGCUCUUCGGCGUGACGGACGAUUCAUCAAUGCCAUAUUCAAGAAACAGUGUGCACUCUAUAACUUGGAGAGCGAGACAAAAUAUGAAAUGUCAAAGACCGUAGAGCAUCUGGAUGGAAAUCAUUUUGAGAUCAUUGUAAUCAGUGACAACAACCAGCCAGAUAGCCAAGAUUUUCAAGAUGGUGUCUUGAGUGAUGACAGCACUGAAAUCAAUGAAGCUUCAGCUGCUGAUUUGAAAGAAAAUGUUGAUAAUAAUGAACAUCCCAUCAACACUGAACAAGAAGAAACACAGAAGAGAAACACAAUGAAAUCCACAAAUCCUUCAACUAAUUCUCCUCCAUGUCUAACCCAUUUGUUAAACCCAUAUGGGCCCCAUUUGUGUUGCCCAUUUAGAGCCCAUGCACUCAUUUCCCAUUUGUCAUACCCAACUAGGACCCACAUAGGGAGCCCAUCUGUUUUUGCCAAUGUGGGACCUACUUAGCUGACCCAAGUGGGCCCCAGGUAAGAUGCCCAUUUUGGGACCAUGCCCACUUGGUACCCAUGUAGACCCAGCAUAAACCAUGUGGGGCCCACAUAUACAUGUUGGCUGGGUAAUGCUCAUGUUAUUGGAGAAUUUGACCCUUUCACCAGGAAACUUUCAAAGACCUUCACAGCAGUAUUUGGCUAUGAAGAUCUGGAAGCAAAGGAGACCAAGUGUGUGCCGGUCAAGGAACAUCUUGCAGCGUACCAUCAUGGAAAGACCAACACAGGCCCAUAUCUUGACUUUGCUCUUCUUGAACUGAAAGACGCUGAUGAAAUCGCUGACUGUCCUGGAUUGCUCCGUCGAUACAUUCAUGGCCCCCCUCCUAACCGUGGUGGGAUCUGCGUUGUGGGACAUCCAGGUGAAGGGGUCAAGAAAAUGGACCCCUGUUUCAUCAUUGGGAAAGAGAAUCUACACGAGGCUGCAGAUAAACACAUCUCUGAGAAUGUCAAUUUCAUUCACGUGAUGACACAGCAGUCUCUGGCAGAGAAAUGGGAAAUGCAUGACAACCAGGUCAUUUAUAACUCUUGUUUUUUUCACGGAUCUUCUGGCUCUCCAGUUUUUGACGAAGACGGCUAUCUGAUUGGCGUGCACACCGGUGGCUACGCGUACAAAGGAGAAAACUGUAAAACUAGGAGCCUUAUGGAAUACGCCUAUUCCAUGCAGCCCAUCCUGGAAAGCAUCAUCACACAGGCCAAGAAAAGUGAGAGAUCUGACAUCAUGAAAUUACUCUCUGAAUAUAAAUCUUCAAAUCUUAACUUGGAAGACAAUGAUGUGGACAUGAAAGAAGAUCCACAAAAUCAGGAAGCUUUUAUAUGAGUAAUGGGACAGUACAAUCUUGAGUCCUGAUUGAUGCCGAAUCCAUCAAUUUUUUUGAAAUAUAAAACUUCAUUUAUCUUGACGUA